GCCAAUCAGUCGAGAAUCUGUUGGCAAGGCGUGCGGUUCGUUCGGUUUUCCUCGCUCGCGUGUUCAGGAACCAGAAGAAAAGCAGAAGCUGAGGAGCUGGGCCGCCACUUGGAGCGACAGUUCCAAAAAUCUGUCAAACUAUACACACGACAUACACCUCUAUAUAUGUAUUACCAUCGAAUAGAUAGUGCCACAUUUUAUUUAUAAAUCGCCUAUAUUUUUGGAUCAAACUUGAGGCGAAAGCAAAAGUGUUCUGUGUCUAGUGUGAAAAUGCCUUUGGCGAAAUUGUGAAAUCCUCGCGUGUCAAAGUCACAGAAAUAAAAAUAUAAAUAAACCAAAAAGAGCCCCAUAUAUCCCGUCAUAAUGCCGAGCUUCGGCAGCAAAUUCCUCGCCUUCCUGCUGCUCAGUUCGGUGAUCCUGGUCAGCGGUCAGUUCGAGCACUACCUGGACAGCUUGCGAUCCUCGGAGUUGUACGAGUUCGAGGAAGGAUCCUCGGGCAGCAUCCAGUACCUGGCCAAGGGCGACAGCGAGUCGGCCGUGCUGCAACUGGAGCAGCCCAUUCACUUCUACGGGGAGCAGUACGAGAAGCUAUAUAUCAACACCAAUGGCAUUCUUACUUUCAAUCUGGACUUUCCAGACUAUCUGAACCAGCAAUUUCCGCUUGAGAACCCCUCGAUAGCGGCCUUCUACUCGAAUGUGGACACCUCGAACAGCGAUGACAGCACCUCGAUCUCCCUGUUUGAGACCAAGGAGCAAGAAACGCUCGACAAAGCCUCCAAAAUAGUGCAGUACGCGUUCAGCAGUCAGCAUGACUUUCAGGCUAGCCAGGUGAUCGUGGGCACGUGGCGCAAAGUGGGCUAUUUCGACUCCAAGACAGAUCGCCUGAACACCUUCCAGGUGGCACUGAUCGCCGACGAACAGCAGACCUUUGUGCAGCUCAUCUAUCCGGAAGGCGGUCUUAACUGGCUGCAGGGCGAGACCGCUGGAUCGGGUCUGCCCGACAUCCGAGCCCAGGCUGGAUUCGAGGGUGCAGAUGGCCGCUACUACAAAUUGAAUGGUUCCGGAUCGGCGAACGCGCGUUUUCUAAGCGAGAGCACCAACCUGGGCGUGCCCGGAGUCUGGCUGUUCGAAGUGGCUCCCAUUGAGCCUGAACUGAAUGUGAGGACUCCCGACAACGACGAGACUCGCACAGAGUCACCCGCCUUGGCCCAGAGCUGCCAGGCCCAUGCCCAUCAGUGCCACGAGCAGGCCGAGUGUCACGACAACGCCGAAGGAUACUGCUGCGUCUGUCAGUCCGGAUUCUUUGGCAAUGGCAAGUCCUGUCUGGCCAACUCUAAGCCCAUCCGAGUGACCGGAACUCUGUCCGGAGAGCUGAACAACCACCCCGUGACCGAGGAGGGCAAGCUGCAGUCUUAUGUGGUGACCAGCGAAGGUCGCACCUACACGACCAUCCACCCACUGAUCCCCGAACAGGGCGCCCAACUCCGACUGGUCCUCCCACUGCUGACCACCGUGCCCUGGCUGUUCGCCAAGUCGGUGGGCGGCGUGGCCAAUGGCUACCAACUGACCGGCGGCGUCUUCACCCACAUCUCCCGCCUGCAGUUCGACUCCGGGGAGAGCCUCCAUGUCAACCAGACCUUCGAGGGCCUCAACCCGUGGGACCUUCUGUCCGUGAAGAUCGAGCUGUACGGCGAGGUGCCGUCGGUAGCGGCCCAGGCGGUCCUUCAUCUGCCCGAAUAUGUGGAGGAGUACACCUUCGAGCGGCCUGGAGAACUCAAGUCCGUGCAGGUGCACAAGAUAGAGAUCACGGGAGAUCAGCGUGUGCUGGAAUUGAAGGUGGAGCAACGCAUCUUGUACCGCAGCUGUCUGCGGGAUGACGAGCCGGAUCCCAGUGCCACCAAGGUGCUGCAGAAGAUAUCCAAGGUGUCCCUGGAAUACGUGGAUGGUGACCAGGCUCUGCGCAUUGGUGCCUUGAGCAAGGUCGGUGUGACCGCCGAAUCAAACGCCUGCAACGAUGGUAGCGCAGAUUGCGUGGACAACUCCAUCUGCGUUCCUUAUGAGGACACCUAUCGGUGUGACUGCCACCAUGGAUACGCCGCCCAGCUGGACGAGCGGGGCGCGGAGGUCUGCCUGGACAUCGACGAAUGCGCAACGGGUUCCCAUGUCUGCGACGAAAACGCCAUCUGCGCCAACACGGAGGGCGGAUUUACCUGCUACUGCUCCGAGGGCUUCCAGGGCAACGGCUACCGUUGUCUGUCCAAUAGCACCGCCGACAAUAUUGAGUACCUGCCAACGAACCAGGGUCAAGGGGGAUCUAAUACCGAUCCCAACCAAAGCCAGGAUCCAUACCCUCAACCCGAAGGGGACCAGAAUGAAGACCGUGCCCAGGAGCAGGAACGCCAACAGGAACAGGAACGGGAAUGGGAAAGGGAAAGGGAAAGACAGCGAGAACAGGAGCGGGAACGUGAGCAGGCUUCCCAGUCGGACACACACCCUAAUCCUGGGGAGCAGGUGCCUCAACAACCCGACGAAUGCUACCGCUGUUCACAUUAUGCCGACUGCAACAAUGGUCGGUGCACCUGCCACGAGGGCUUUGAUGGCGAUGGCUACAACUGCAGCGCCCUUUGCGGGGAAAACGAGAUUUGGGACAACGAUCAUUGCGAGCCUCUAAAUGACUGGCACGACGUGGACCCGGUCUGCGAUGCUUUGGGCGAUUGCCGAUGCCCCCAUGGAUACGAUCUGACCGAGGAUGGCCUGCGAUGCUCCUACGCCCAAGAUUUUGAUCAGGAAUCGAUUUCCGAACUAAUUCCCUGCGACGUGGAUGAAGCCUGCCACAUCAAUGCCUCCUGCAUUUGGAACAACGAGGAGUUGAAAAACAGUUGCAAUUGCAAGCCGGGAUUCCGAGGUGAUGGCUUCACCUGCGAACCAGUUGGCGAGGACUCCUGUGGAAAUAUACCCGAUCUCUGCGAUGUCAAUGCCGCCUGCGUCUACACCGAGGACCUGGUCAAGUUGGUAUGCCAGUGCAGGGAGGGCUACGAAGGCGAUGGCUUCCGGUGCCAACCGGCCCCCCAUUGCCGUUCGGCCGAGCAUUGCGGCGAGAACGCCAUUUGCGAGGACGGCGUCUGCCGCUGCCAAGUGAACUUCGAGCGGGACGAUAGCGACCGUUGUGUGCCAGCUGGACGGUGCGGCGACGACUUUUGCGGCUCCAAUGCCAUCUGCAAGUUGGACUCGGCGCAGAGCACCCAGUUCUGCAGCUGCCUCGAGGGAUACCAGGGCAAUCCCGUGCAAGGAUGCAUCAGCAAGCCCCUCUCCUGCCACGUGGCGAACAACUGCGGAGACCAUGCCUCCUGCGAGCCCACCGAGGACCCGGCGAAUUACGAGUGCCAGUGCCUUGCUGGUUUCAAGGGCGAUGGACACGUGUGCAUUGAGGAGCAGAACUGCCUGAACAACCCGACGCUGUGCGACAUGAAUGCCCAGUGCCGAUCGACCAACGCCGGUCUGGUCUGCGUCUGCAAUCAGGAUUUCUAUGGCAACGGAUCGAUUUGCCAGGAGCGUCAGCGGCACGAAUCGGACUUCCUGAUCGUCAGCCAGGGCGUGGGAAUUCUCCGCUUUUCCCUGAAUGGACGCAAGGUGCAAAUUAUUUCGAUGGCCCAGAUGGCCAUUGGUCUGGACAAGGACUGUGUGGAGGGACGUGUCUACUGGAGCGAUAUUUCAAGCAAGAAGAUUGUUAGCGCCAAGUACGACGGCACCGAUGUACGUCCCUUCAUCACCACGGAUAUCGAAUCUCCCGAGGGCAUUGCCAUUGAUGUGAUCUCGCGCCGCCUUUACUGGGCGGAUUCGGGGAAGGACACCAUUGAGGUGGCCAGUCUGGACGAUCCUACCUUGCGGGCGGUACUCAUCAACAAGCAGCUGGUGAACCCGCGUGGCAUUGCCGUAGAUCCUUACAGGGAAAAACUCUACUGGUCGGAUUGGGACCGUAACUCGCCCAAAAUCGAGAUGUCCAACUUGGAUGGCACUGGUCGGGAACUGCUGCUGGGUCAGCAGGCAGUGAACCUGCCCAACUCCCUGGUGGUGCUCGAAAACUCUGGCGAAGUGUGCUUCGCGGAUGCGGGUACCAAAAAGGUGGAGUGCGUCAACCCAGAGAACCGACAGGUCCGCACCAUUUCCAACGAGCCGUCCUAUCCCUUCGGCAUCGCCUACGCGCAGGAUAAGUUCUACUGGACGGACUGGACCACCAAAAAAGUUGAGAGCGUGGACAGCCUGGGCACGCGGCAGACCGCCCUCCAGCCGUUCUUCUUCGGCAGCCACAAGAUGUUCGCCAUGACGGUCGUGGAGCAGAACUGCCCGCAGUACCAGAGUCCCUGCCAGAUCAACAACGGCGGAUGCACGGACUCCCGGCUCUGCCUGGUGAACCGAGAGGCUCCGUCUGGAAAGAGCUGCAAGUGCACCUCCGCCUCCACCGGAUGCACUGUGCCAGCGCCCUACCCCAACUUAUAAGAAUAUGUUUAAUGGGAACGGAAAUUAUUUUUCGAUUCGUAUACAAUCACACACAAAGCAAGUUAACCAAAGCGCUGAAUGAAACGGAAGUAAACUAAACUAAAUUAAAUAAACUAACUAGGAGUGCCUGUGUGCCAAUUUAUGUAAAGCUACUCAAAGAAAAAUAAUUAAUAAAGAAAAACAAGUCUUACACAGGA